CCCUUCCAGAUGUUGGAUAAAUUUGUAUAAAAAUGCGAGCGUUUGGAGACAGAGGUAUCACUUCGAAAUUACUUUCGUAUUCAGCAACAAUGGCAUUCAAGCUCGUAGUUUUGUGCGCCGCUUUGGCCGUAGCCAGCGCUGGUAAUUUGGGAUACUCCUAUGGAGCCGCCCCAUUGGCAUACUCCGCAGGAUACACCCAUGGAGUAGCCGCCCCAUUGGCCUACUCUGCUGGAUACGCUCACCAAGCCGCCCCAUUGGCUUACUCUGCUGGAUACGCUCACCAAGUUGCCCCAGUCGCCUACUCCUCUGCUCCAGCUGUAUCUUACUCCAGCAUCUCUGCUCCAGUCGCCACCUACGCCAAGACCAUCGCUGCCCCAGUAGCUUACUCUGCUCCAGUAGCCUACUCCGCCCCAGUAGCUCACGCUUACGCCGCUCCAGUCGUAGCUAAGACCAUCGCCGCCCCAGUUGCCACCUCUUACUCUCACUCCACCGUCACCAAGUCUGUAGCUCCAGUAGCCACCUAUGCCGCCGCUCCAGUAGCCUACUCUGCCCCAGUCGCCGCGUACGCUAAGACCAUCGCCGCCCCAGUAGCCUACUCUACCUACUCCGCCCCAAUUGCUCAAACUUACUCCAGCCCGAUCGUCGCCAAGACCAUCGCCUCUCCCCUUGCCUACUCAGCCUACUCUUCUCCAGUAGUAACUAAGACCGUAGCCGCCCCAGUCGCUCACGUUUCUUACUCCUCCCCGUCCAUCGGCUACGCCACCAACUACGGAUGUAAUUCAGUCUUAUGUACCGAAUACAAAGUAUUCGUUGGUGGCGUAGUUGAUGGCUGGAGCGGAGUAGGACACGUGAGCGACUGGGGCAGCUACGGUCUUGGCUACUACUGGGGCGGAGUAGGCAGAGUAGGCGAGGGGAGAGGCGAUGGUCUUGGCGUAGGUGGCAACUGGGGCGGAGUAGGCUACUGGAGCGGCGGCGUAGGUAGCGACUGGAGCUACGGAUUUGGUGACGGUGGAGUGAGAGUAGGAGGUGGCUACUGGGGCGGCGAUGGUCUUAGCUACAACUGGAGCGGUGUAAGCGUGAGCUACUGGAGCGGAGUAGGCGACUGGAGCAGCAGAGUAAGCUACUGGGGCGGCGAUGGUCUUAGCGUAAGUGGCAACUGGAGCAGCAGCAUAGGUGGCAACUGGGGCAGCAGCAUAGGCGGCGACUGGGGCAGCGGCGUAGGUGGCUACUGGAGCAACAGACUUGGUGACGGUGGAGUGGGAGUAAGAAGUGGCUACUGGGGCGGCGAUGGUCUUGGCUACAACUGGGGCAGUGUAAGCGUGAGCUACUGGAGCAGAGUAGGCAACUGGGGCGGCGAUGGUCUUGGCGUAGGUGGCAACUGGAGCAGCGGAGUAAGCCAAAGCUGGGGCGGCAGAAAAACCAUCACUUUAAUUAAAAUGGCAUUCAAGCUCGUAGUUUUGUGCGCCGCUUUGGCCGUAGCCAGCGCUGGUAACUUGGGAUACACUUACGGAGCCGCCCCAUUAGCCUACUCUGCUGGAUACAGCCAUGGAGUAGCUGCUCCAGUCGCCUAUUCCGCUGGAUACGCUCACCAAGUCGCCCCAGUAGCCUAUUCCGCUGGAUACGCUCACCAAGCCGCUCCUUUGGCCUACUCCGCCGCCCCAGCUUUGUCUUACUCUGCUGCUCCAGUAGCAACCUACGCCAAGACCAUCGCCGCUCCAGUAGCCACCUCUUACUCUCACUCUACUGUCACCAAAUCUGUUGCUCCAGUAGCCACCUACGCUGCUGCCCCAGUCGCCGCCUAUGCUGCUGCCCCAGUUGCCACAUACGCCAAGACCAUCGCUGCCCCAGUAGCUUACUCUGCUGCUCCAGUCGCCUACUCUGCCCCAGUAGCUCACGCUUACACCGCUCCAGUCGUAGCUAAAACCAUCUCUGCCCCAGUUGCCACCUCUUACUCUCACUCCACCGUCACCAAGUCCGUAGCUCCAGUAGCCACCUACGCUGCUGCUCCAGUAGCCACUUACGCUGCCGCCCCAGUUGCUACCUACGCCGCCGCCCCAGUAGCCACCUACGCUGCUGCUCCAGUUGCCACCUACGCCAAGACUAUCGCUGCCCCAGUAGCUUACUCUGCUGCUCCAAUCGCCUACUCCGCCCCAGUAGCUCACGCAUACACUGCCCCAGUCGUAGCUAAGACCAUCUCCGCCCCAGUUGCCACCUCUUACUCUCACUCCACCGUCACCAAGUCCGUAGCUCCAGUAGCCACCUACGCUGCUGCCCCAGUAGCCUACUCCACCCCAAUUGUCGCUAAGACCGUAGCCGCCCCAGUCGCCUAUACCGCUCCAGCCAUCAACUACGCCACCAACUACGGAUGGUAA